AUGAUAACUGAGAGAAGGCAACCACCAACCACGUCGACAAGAAAUGAAGAGUGGAAAAAGGUAGCCAUCAAUUCCCCCCCGGUAGAGGAUGAAGAAGCCUCUGAAGCUCCUAUAGUAAUCGAGGCUAUUAUUGGUAAUCACCCAGUGAAAAGAAUACAUCUGGACACGGGAAGUGGAUGCGAGAUCAUGUACGAACAUUGCUUCCUAAAGUUGAAAGCAGCCUUGAGAAGGAUGAGAAAGGAAAACGCCAGCCCGCUGGUGGGUUUUUCAGGGGAAAGAACAUGGUCGUUAGGCGAAGUUACAUUAAACGUGACCGUCGGAAGCAUCCCAAGAAUAAGAACGGAGGCUUUAACAUUCAUGAUCGUAAGGGAAAAAUCCCCUUAUAAAGUCAUACUGGGGAGGUCAGCCAUGAGAAGGAUGGGAAUGGUUCCAUCUCCAAUCCAUUCAAUUGUCAAGUUCCCAACUCCUCAUGGAGUAGGCUCCGUCAAAACGGAACCUCGUCCAGAGCGCCAAUGCGCCCAAGUCACAGCCCUGGAGCAAGGAGAAUCAUCAAAGAAAGGUGAGGCUAUUGAAGCUGAAACGGAGAAGCUAUACAUCAACAACGAGUAUCCCGAACAACACGUGUCUAUUGGAAAACAAUUGCCUACCGAAUGCAAAAGGAGGCUAAAGGAAAUCUUGCAAAAAAAUAAAGAUGUGUUUGCAUGGAAGCCCGCAGAUAUGACAGGCAUUCCCAGGAAACUGAAGAUCGGUGAAGAAAAUUUUGACACCCAACACCGUCUAAAUACUCGGCCACACUUAGAACCAAUAAAGCAGAAGCGGCGGAGUUUAGCAUCUGAUACAAGCACAGCAGUAAAAGAACAAGUGCAAGAUUUGGUAGCCGUCGGGAUCCUGCGGGAAGUAAAAUAUCAGAGUUGGGUGGCAAACCCAGUGAUGGUCAAAAAACAUGAUGGCGGAUGGAGAAUGUGUGUUGCUUUUACAGACAUCAACAAGGCAUGCCCAAAAGAUUGCUACCCGCUACCCGAAAUUGACUGGAAAGUUGAAUCACUUGUUGAUUUUCGCCUAAAGUGUUUUUUGGACGCCUACAAGGGCUACCACCAGAUCCAAAUGCAUCCUAAAGACGAAGACAAAACAGCCUUCUAUACCACAGAGGGAAUCUUUUGCUAUAAAAAAAUGUCAUUUGGUCUGAAGAAUGCAGGGGCUAUAUACCAGAGGCUAGUGGACAAAGUGUUCGGGAGGCAAAUUGGCAGGAAUUUAGAGGCCUAUGUAGAUGACAUGUCAUCAAAAGUAGAUAUGAAGAAGAUAUGUUUAUGGAUAUCGAGGAAACCUUCAGAACACUCCGAUCAAUUAACAUGA